CCCACCUGGGGGACAGGAGAGACCGCAUCCCCACCUGGGGAACAGGACAGACCGCAUCCCCACCUGGGGGGACAGGAGAGACCGCAUCCCCACCUGGGGGGAAAGGAGAGACCGCAUCCCCACCUGGGGAACAGGAGAGACCGCAUCCCCACCUGGGGGGACAGGAGAGACCGCAUCCCCACCUGGGGGACAGGACAGACCGCAUCCCCACCUGGGGAACAGGAGAGACCGCAUCCCCACCUGGGGGACAGGACAGACCGCAUCCCACCCGGGCGGGCAGGACAGACCGCAUCCCACCCGGGCAGCGCCGGCAGCCUCCUGCCCAGCCCGCCGGGAUGAGCGGCCGCGCCGGGGGAGCCGCGCCGGGCGCCGCGGGGCUCUGCCCCGGCCACGGAUGAGGUCUCUCCUAUGGACAUUGAACUCCCAGCUGCCUGUGCCUGUUGCCUGUGAUGGAAGAGCUUGAUGUGAAUGUGAGUUCGAGUGAGGCCUUCGGCAUCGCGGAGAAGAUCGUGCUGCUCUCCUUCAUCUCCGCCGUCAUCCUGAUGGCCAUCCUGGGCAACCUGCUGGUCAUGGUGGCCGUGUGCCGGGACAGGCAGCUCAGGAAAAUCAAGACCAACUAUUUCAUUGUUUCCCUGGCCUUCGCUGACCUGCUGGUGUCGGUGCUGGUGAUGCCCUUUGGGGCCAUGGAGCUGGUUCAGGACAAUUGGAUCUAUGGAGAGAUGUUCUGCCUGGUGAGGACCUCGCUGGACGUGCUGCUGACCACGGCGUCCAUCCUGCACCUCUGCUGCAUCUCCCUGGACAGGUACUAUGCCAUCUGCUGCCAGCCCCUGGUGUACAGGAACAAGAUGACCCCGCUGCGCAUCGCGCUGAUGCUGGGGGGCUGCUGGAUCAUCCCAACCUUCAUUUCCUUCCUCCCCAUCAUGCAGGGCUGGAAUAGCAUUGGCAUCAUUGAUCUGAUCCAGCAGAGACAGUUCAACAAGGCCUCCAACUCCACCUACUGCAUCUUCAUGGUGAACAAGCCCUACGCCAUCACCUGCUCCGUGGUGGCCUUCUACAUCCCCUUCCUGCUGAUGGUGCUGGCCUACCACCGCAUCUACGUGACGGCGCGGGCGCACGCGCGGCAGAUCCGCCUGCUGCAGCGCGCGGGGAACCCGGCCGAAACCCGGCAGGGCCACCAGGAGCCACGGCAGGGCCACCAGGAGCCCCGGCAGGGCCACCAGGAACCCCGGCAGGGCCACCAGGAGCCAUGGCAGGGCCACCAGGAACCCCGGCAGGGCCACCAGGAACUCCGGCAGGGCCACCAGGAACCCCGGCAGGGCCACCAGGAGCCACGGCAGGGCCACCAGGAGCCACGGCAGAACCCCCCCGACCAGCACAGCACCCACCGCAUGAAAACCGAGACCAAAGCCGCCAAGACCCUGUGCAUCAUCAUGGGCUGCUUCUGCCUCUGCUGGGCCCCCUUCUUCGUCACCAACAUCGUGGAUCCCUUCAUUAACUACACGGUGCCCGGCAAGCUGUGGACGGCCUUCCUGUGGCUGGGCUACAUCAACUCGGGCUUGAACCCUUUCCUCUACGCCUUCCUCAACAAGGCUUUCAGACGUGCCUUCCUCAUCAUCCUGUGCUGCGGCGACGAGCGCUACCGAAGGCCUUCCAUCCUGGGCCAGACCGUGCCCUGCUCCACCACCACCAUCAACGGCUCCACGCACGUGCUGAGGUACACGGUGUUACACAACGGGCACCACCAGGAACAAGAGAAGCUUCCCAUCCACACCGACCCCGAAUCCCAAGAAUCCUGUUUCUAGUCCUGGCCCAGAAGAGGAGGAACAGAGGCCUUUUAGGAUGUCCCAAGGAUUCACAGACAGCAGGACUUGAAAAUUCAUCCAUCUGCAUUGCCGUGGUGCCUCCUGCAGUGAAUUCCCAGGAAUGUCCAGCUGUGGGAGCUGGGUGGGAGCAUGGGCAGGAUCAGGACUCUGUCCCUGUCCCUGCAGGAGCAGCUGGAGCCAUGCCAGAGCCCUGCUCCAGGAGCGAGGCAUUCCUGGCAAAGCCAGGACCAAAAAACAGCUCCAAACCCCCUGUGCAGGGACUCCUGCUGCUCCUCUCCAGCUGCUCCUCUCCAGCUGCUCCUCUCCAGCUGCUCAGCUCUCCCUGUCCUGGGGCUCACAGCUGUGGGGUGGCCCCGAACUGCUCCAUCCCUGCUGGCUCUGCCUGGGCACUGCCAGGGGAGGAGCAGCCCCACGUUUUCUCCAGGAGAACAGGAGGAAACGUUUGCUGCCCUCGGGUUCCAGCCCUGCCUCCCCCACCCUGCAGAGCUCCGGAGGGCCCUGGUGGCGUUUCCUGGCCGAGGAGGAUCCCGGGGUGUGCCGGAGCUGAGUGGGGCCAGCUCAGAGCCAUGGCCCUGCUCUGCCAGUCCCAGGGGAUGGGACGUGCCCUGGAGCCCAGAGCUGUCCCCAUCCCUCCCCUGAGCUCACUUUGGGCAUUCUGAGGCAGCGGAAGCUUGGCCAGGAGCCAGAGCCAAUGGAUCACUAAGUGCCAUCUUGGAAAACAAACCACCUAAACCCUUUUCUAGCUACAUUUGGGAGAGAGACUUCUACUUACCUUUGCCACUUUUAUUUUUCUAUUUGUUGCUGGUCUCUUCCAGUCGAGGCAAGAAGUUUUCCAGACUUUCCAGUCUCACCAUUUGCAAAGAUCCCAGUUCCCAGCUGCUUCCUGCAUGUCGGUGUUGCCACAUUCCUCGUGGGCUGCUUCCCCCUCUGCAUGGAAAGGGUGGGCAAGGCUCUAAACUCCACAAAUUUGGGAAAAGGAUUUUCAUGCAGGAUCAAGACCGUGAGCCUUGACCCUUUUUAGGUGAAGACCUACCCCAGAGAUGCCACCCUGAGCCAAGAAAAUACAAUUGUACUUUGUCAUAUCGUGGAACCAUGUACAGAUAUUUUUAAUGUACAAAGAGAAGCUGACAUUAUUUAUUAUUUUUUAUCAGGAACAUGUGGUUUUUUCAUUAAAAGCUUCUAGACCAAGGAGCUUAACAUUCUAUGUAUUAUUAUUAUUUAGUAAUAUUUCUGUUGCUAUGUGACAGGUAUUUACUGUAAACAGACAAAUCCCGCUCGGAACAAACAAAAAUGUUGCUCAGUAGGAGAAAUGUUGUGCAUGAGAAGAACAAAUGGCUUCCUGGCCGUGGUGUCUGACUUCUUGAAAUUAUUCUUCCAAAGCAAAGUCACUGAUAAAGCUUCACAUCCUUUUCCUGUAGGAUUCAGGAGGACACUGGGCAGAAACAGCCCCAGUUGGAAUGCUGAGGUAGAAAAUUGCUGGCUGCUGGAAAGGCACAAAUUAUUGGUGUUUGUGGUGGAAGGGGCUCCAGGUCCAUCACUGGGACCUGGUUGGCAAUGACCUGUUUUUACAGGGUUUUAUUUCCAAAAAAAUUCAUUUAACUUUACUCUUGACACCAGAACUGUGGAGUGAAAAAAAAAAGCCAUUAUUGAAAGUCUGGAAAAAUCCACCCAGGGCUGCUUCAGUGCUGUGAUCCUCCUCCUCCUCUGUGGAAGUGCCCACAGGGGUUUUGUUGGGCUUUGGGCACACGAGGCUGCAGAAAAGCUUGGUUUGGUUUCACCUCAAGUGUCAAAUUUCUUAACGAAAUCCUUAAAAAAAAAGCUUUUCUCUGUCCCCAGAGAAGGGCAUUGAAAUUUUGGUGUGAAGUUUCCUGGAGUGAGAUGGAACCAGCAGCACAGGGAGGGGUUUUUUGGAUCUGCUUUGUCCUUCAGGAAUUGCUUUCUCCUUUAUUUUUAUGUGCAGUAGGAAAAGAUCUCUUUUUAAUUUAAAAUAAACUCCCACUUUCCCCAGGGACAACAUUCCCAAGGCUCUGUCAACGGGAGCAGUGGCUCACCAGCCAAAAUGGUCAAAGGCUCUCACUGGGAAAAGGCUCCCCCUUCCAGCUGGAUGAAAUUCCAAACACCAAAUGUCCACGUCCUGUGUCACCUCUAAUCCACCAUUGGGCUCAGCAGCCCUGUCAGGAACCUCCUGGCAGCUCCUGCUCAACCAACCCAAAAUCCCAGCACGGCCUCUGUGCCCCCAGCCGUGCCCCUGUGCCAGCAGCAGUGGCACAAUUCCCCUGGAAAAGGAGUCCCAUGGAAAGCCCCACUCUGGAAUUCCAUGGCUGCUCCUGUGGCCUCCCAGUUCAGCUUUGCCCAUCUUGGCUGGUGGUGCCGGUCCUUGCCUGUGCUCGGUGACGUGUGGUGUUCCUAAAAAUAAAAACUCCUCUCUGGCCAUGGCAGUGACCUCCA